AGUUACAUGGCUUCAUUUCCAUACCGACUUAGAGAGUAUACAAAAUUCAAACUCUUUACUUGUGUCCUUACAAAAUCCAAACCCCUUAUCUUUCUACACUACCCAAAGAACUAAUUACAUCUCUUAAUUUAUGAGUUUGGAACAUCAAUUGCUAAUUUGGAACUUCAAUUUACUGGAGUAUCUGAUUUCACAUAUCUCCUUAUCCACAUAUAACCGUGUCCUAGCUUCAUGGCUGAGUUUGCACAUCUUAAAAUCCAAUUGGCAGAGAUAAAAAAUGCCACAAGUAACUUCAAUAACAAUGUUAUUGGAAUAGGGGGAUUUGGGAAGGUCUAUGCAGGCACAUUGUCUCACUCUAUGGGGCGAAGCAUGGUUGCUAUCAAGCGCCUAGAUCGUAGAUUUGGACAAGGAGAUCCAGAGUUCUGGAAAGAGCUCAUGAUGCUUUCGCGUUAUAUGCAUAAAAAUCUCAUCUCUCUCCUCGGAUAUUGCGACGAGGCUGGUGAGAGGAUCAUUGUCUAUGAGUACGCAUCUAAUGGAAGCCUUGAUCGCCAUCUAAGUUCCCAUAGUCUAUCGUGGACACAACGUAUCAAGAUAUGCCUUGAUGCUGCAAAUGGUCUAAGUUACCUACAUGAUCCCAAAGGCACCCAGCAAAGAGUUCUCCACCGCGAUAUAAAAAGUUCCAACAUCUUACUGGAUGCCAAUUGGAAUGCAAAACUUUCUGACAUGGGACUUUCAAAAUUUGGACCUGCAAAUCAGCAACACACUGUUCUUUUCACCAAUAUUGUAGGUACCCCUGGGUACUGUGAUCCGCAAUUUAUGUACACAUACAGGUUGACGAAAGAAUCAGAUAUAUACUCUUUUGGAGUUGUCUUAUUUGAAGUCUUAUGUGGGAAAUUAUGUUUUAAGUCAACCAAGGACGACUUGGAGAUCUUAGUGCCCAGCUGGAAACAAAAAUACAAACAUAAUAAUUUACAAGACAUUGUCUUUCAAGAUCUGAGGCCAUCAAUGAACUCCACUUCCUUGGAAAUAUUUUCAAACAUUGCAUUCGAAUGUUUGCAUGACUCUCGCGAACAACGACCAACCAUUUCUCAGGUUGUGGAAAAACUUAAGAGGGCACUUGAACUUCAAGAACUUCACGAUAAGAAACUGUUUGAGGACAAUAAGAUAGGGAUGGAUGAAUUAGCUCUACGUGAAGCCUUCCGCAACAAUGGAUUUUGGUUUGCCAAUUGGAGGGCUAAGCGUGCAUUGAAGUCUGUAGAUGACAAUCGUAAUGGUGUCAUUGAUAAAGAAGAGAUAUCCAAGCUCUUGGCCUUCGUAGAGAAGGGGCGUAGAAAGAGGAUUGUUUCAUAAUACAAUCAUCUUCAUCAUAUCAUAUGGACUCUUAUUGUGUCAAGAUGAGAUAUGGAUUCUAAUCUAUAUAUAAGAAUUAAGAAGGUAUUAUUAUCAAAUAAGAAAGCUUCAUAUCUAUAUAGAUAAUCUAUAUAUGGACAUAUAGAUAUAGGUAAUGAUGUAAUGAUAGAUACGUACAUUAUAUAUAGUUGGCUGUGUAGCAUGCAUGCAAUGCAUGGCUGAUUAAUUAAAUACAGUAACAAAUUAAGGCCA